CCGGAAAAACGUAAAUUUAUUGGAGCAGGAGAGGUGCACCUGUAUAGUGUGAAUGUCAGUUUACAAGAAAAGAAGCCGACAACUAGACAUUUCUGUUUUCGAUUCCUUGUUUUAUACAGUGUGGGGUGGUUGUACAGACAUGUUUCAUAUUUCAUGUGCUGCUAUUGUCUGUGCCUGUGAAGAAUGAACUUGACUUCCGUGUGAACUUCUGGACUCCCGGGAAAGGGCUACAAAAUGGAAGAAAAUACAAGCAACUGCAAGAUCUUCUGAAAAGAUGAGAUAUUUAAUCAAUUUAAUUUAUUUAAUGCAGCUGUGUGCACUGGCCUCCUCAGAGUCAACAUCAAAUGCAGGAGUGCACUGACCCUGCUGACAGUCACGCCUCCCUCAAGAUCCCCUUUCAUUCAUUUGGCAAAGCACUUUCUCACUACUCCACCUGAUCUGCUGUGUAGUGGGGCUGCUGGCACAGAAAAACAGGCAUGCUUUUCUGUACAUAAAACCUGUACAUAAAACUGCAACCAUCACAGGUCAUGAAUAAGUCACAAGAUUCAUUACUAUCCAACAAUCCUCUGACCACCUCAAGCCCAGCCAGUGCUGGUGGCAAAAAAAAACAACUAGAUUCUGUUUGCAUGGGUAAUUACAGUCAACUACUGACAGCAGAUUGGCCCGUCUGUUUAAUUUGGCCAAGUUUGCUGUGCUUUCCCAGCUCCUGUCAAUGUGGCAAUUGAGUCUUACGACUUUAAGUACAUCCUAAAAUGGGGACCAGGAGAAGGCACUCCGGCAGGAGUGCGUUACAGAGUGAAGAUGAUAGCCGGGCAGCAGCUUACCAGAAUAUUAAAGAACACUACCAGGAAGACCAUGUUUAACCUGACUAGCCAUUUAAGAGAUCUCAACGAUUUCUAUAAAUUUGGUGUUCAAGCCUUUAGUUCGAGACAGACAUCUAACUGGACUGUAAGCAAUGUCUUCCAGCCCCUGUCACAGACUAUCCUGGGUCCGCCGGAUGUAUCUCUUACGGGCUGUGGAGACUGUCUUUUACUUGAAAUAAAUAUUCCCAGAGAAGUGAUCUUUAAAACAUCAUCUUUGGAAGACAUUUAUGUAGAAAUUAAUUUUACAGUUAAAUUGAAAAAACAUGGAAAAAGUCAGGAAAGUGAAAUUGAAUUUACCAAUAAUGCAGAUUCUACAUACAAAAUUAGCCAGUUGGAGCCUGCUGCCCAAUACUGCUUAAAAGUGAAAAUGAAGACUACCUUAAAUCAAAACACCUUGUAUUCAGGUUGGCAUUGUGAAUUCACGGGUUCCAAGGAGCCAAGCAAAGGUCCGUACGUUCUGGGUACUCUGCCCAUUGCUCUGGUUCUCUGUGGAGUGACUGUGUCUGCCUUGAUGUACGUCUGCUGCAUCUGCAAGACUCGUCACCCUUGGGUGCUGGCCUCAUUUAAGGGACAGGACCACUCUGACAUCAUUCAGAUGUUCUUCACAGCAGAGCAGCACUCUAUAAGUUUUGUAACCUUUUACUCCAGCCUAGAAAAGAAGGAUAAAAUAAAUCAGAAUCUGGGGGAAUCCAGUGACAGUGAGGAUACAGACGAGGGGUAUGAUGGGUAUGAAAACCGAAAGGGUGGUUUUUCUGCUUGUACAAACACAAGCAAUGGGCCUGAAUCUGAUAUAAAGUCUAUCCUAGCAGAGACAAAUGAUGACUCUGGACAAGGCGCUGAGCCAGGCUGCUGCUUUCAGUACCCUUGUGUGAAUGUAGCUGGGGCCACAAACUUGGGUUACUCCAUACACAAGUCAUCUCCGGAUGUGUCCAAAGCUGAAAUCUCAGAGCCUCUAGGCCAGUCUGGUCUAGAAACUCAGAAACCUGAAACAGAGUGUAAGGAUUCCAGAGAGGAGGCAGAAAUCUCUCUAGCUGUCAACCUGUUUUCGGUGAAGCUGGGAAGCCAGGACGAGGCAUUCUCAAUGACUUUCCAAGCUGGAGCAAUUGAGGAUCAGGAACAGCAGCUGGAGGAUGAACUGAUACAGUCCCCUGUGAGAGUGGAGGCUGUGGACUGGGGCACACAGGAGCCCAAUACAGAGCCCAGCAAGGGCCCUGCGCAGACUUACUGUGCAGACUCAGAAGAUGAGGAAGAGGAUGAAGACACUUGUGUGUAUAUGAGACGACCAAGUCAUAGUUUAAAUAGUUCAUUGGAAAUCCCUCCCUAGAAUUUAAAUGUUUAGCAAUGAAAAUGACAUGCAAACUAAAAGAAUCUUAAUAUGUGUGCUGAAAUAUAGUGCUGUAUGUGAAUUGGACAAUGAAGAAGGCUCCAUGGUUGAAAUAGUGUUUUCUUUCUUCUCUUUUCAGCAUGGAAUAGAGCUAUUAAAUGUUUAUAAUGCAUUCUAUUAAUGCUGCCAGUUUUCCAAUAGUGAAAUAUGAUCAGAUUAUGUAAUCAAACCUUUCUUCUAUUAUUAUCUCUAUUGUAAGGCUCCAAUCAUCAAUUUAAGAUGUAUAGUACAAUGUUUUAUGGAUUGCUUCAGUAUUAUAUUUAUGUUUUGCCACAAGUGAUAAGACUUCACAUCAUGGCACUAAACAUAUGUUGAAUAUUGAUGGUUGUAUAGCAGAUGUGAACAUGAACAAUCAUUUUGGGGGCCAUGUAUUUUGCUUUAUAUCAAUACAAUACAUUCUAACUAAACAAUGGAGCACUUUUGUUGCUUGAUGUGAGAGAUACACUAAUAUGCAUUGAGUAUCUCCUGAAUCUGGAAGGACUGUUGUUUAGGGAUCAGGGAUAAACAUUAAUAAUGAUGCCCUGUAAUAAGAACACAAGAAGGGUUACAAAUGAAUAGAGGCCAAUUGUCCAGUCUAGCAGGUUGACUUGCUAGUAGCUAACUGAGCUGAAGAUCUCAGAUCCCAGCUGUUUUCUGAAAGCAGCAAAGACACUGGCCUCAACAACAUAGCAUGGCAGCUUGUUCCAGACCCUUUGUGUAUACAAGUGUCUGUUUACAAUUGAAUUUCUUGAAAUUACAAAUCCACCAUUAUGCUUUCAAAAUAAUAAAACUUUGAUAAAUAAAUUAUUGAUUUAAUUUUA